AUGGACAGUUCAUCGCAAGUUGAGGGCGACCCCGUCGGACUAACGCCGGAGCAGCUUAUACAAGAACUUGUUUCGCUGCGGGUCGACCGGUGGAGGAGCAAGCAAAAGGAGGUACCGGACGAGGAGCUCGUGGCACAGCUAGUCGCCUUAUCCUGGGACUACGAUUCCCUCCCACCGGAAGGGCCCGGAUGCCUAAUAUCCGGCGGCAGUACCGGACAUAUUUACGUCCCGUAUGACGAUAGUAGAGAAGGUUUGCCUCCCGAGAUCAAUGAUCGCAUCGACAAGGUCAAUCGUUGGAUCGCGGACCCCGCCAAUGCCCCGACGCUGCGCAAAAUGGACAAGAUUUUGAGGAGACAAGUCGACAAAAGCUGCUUUUUGGAGUUCCUAGACGGAGGCAAUGCCUCGCGCAUCGACUUCAUCGGAAAGGUCAAGAUGGAAUGGCGAUAUCUGGAUUGGCACUGCACCGAGGUUAAAUUCGUCGAAGCGCUGGAGGUCUUUUCGAAUCCAAAAUUCUGUCACGAGGCGGUGCUAGGAAGGCUUCUGAGGCACCUUGACACCAUCCAUCACCCAGAAGACCUCGCGCAGAAAGCCCAGUCUCUUGUCGAGAAGUUCAAGUCUAAGGGGCCCCUCAAGAACGGGCCAGAGUGGAAGUACUUGCUCUGCGACGACAGCGACCUCGUCACACCUCUGGAGGGCCGGGAAUGGAACCUCCUAAAUUUGUCGCCAAACGUCAUCAAGAUGGUGAAACGUGAAAGCAGGGAGACAAGCAAAUCAGCGGUUAUCAUCCGGUCUUCGCUACUAGAACACUAUUUGCGUUGCCAUGAAGUCCACAAGCUCCAGCAGGGUCAGAUAAAGCACGACCAAGAGAACCACCCGUUCCUCGACGAAUCGUACUUUAACGGAGGCUAG